UCGUUCUCGUCGUUUGGGUUUGAUGUUGUUGGGUUGUGUCGUCUUUCUUUGUCAUUGGCAUUCGUAGCGAUUUAAUUCCCGAGUCGCAACGAUCGCUGUCGUUGAUUGCUUCUCGACACAGCAAGCUUUGGAAGUUCGAGGUGCUCAGAACGGUUGCGUUUUUUUCCCUUGUCCAGUUGCGGAGGUUACAUUUGUUCGGUCAGUUAUAGUGGGCAUUCUGUUUAACAUUUUCGCAUACAUUCAAUGCGCUUAGUUAGUGGGGAGCCCUGGUUUUCGUUGUGUUUUUGGGGUUUUAGAAGAAGUUCGCACCAUGCUCCAGGAACAGAAGCUUUUUAAACAUAAGAGAUGGCGAUGAAAGUUUACCAGUCACAAUGCCUUCGAGCAUCAAAUUACGUUACUUGUGCUAAGCAAAGAUCUUCUUCACUGGAGAUUGGGAGCAGGCCGGCUACAGUUAAUUUUGUCCCUGUCGUACCAAGAAAGGUGCAAGGUCUUAGUCAAAGAAGUACCGUUCGCCUGGUAAUCUGCGCGGCCGAAGGGAGUGGCAGCUGCUGUGGUGGUAAUGGUAACGGCAAACAAAGUUGCAGUAGCCAUGAGUCGAAGUUGCCACCUCCUGGUAUUGCGAAUGUGGGUGCGGAGUUUGAAAACAUGGUUUCUCGCGCAACAAUGGAGGAGUUUGAGAAAGAAUACGAUACUGGGGAGAUGCAAGGUACCAUCACAAGAGAUGUCGUUGCCGAGGUUAUGAAUGAAAUGCCAGAGCUUCAAAGCUCAACUAACGAUGAAAAGUUCGUGGAUGUGGACGCCGUAUUGAACGAAGCGAUGAGCCAAGCGAAUGGAGACUUCGUCUUUGAAAUCGAGACAGAGGGAACGAUGGUUUAAGCUUAGUUCAGUAAUGAGCCGGUGCACUCAUCGGCCCUCCUCCAACACGCUCAAAGAUACUUCUGGUCUCUCAAUCUCGCAUAAGACUCAGGUAUGUAACAUAACGAAGAAGCAAGACUAGGGGCAAAUGAGGAUCUGGCUGGUGUUCCCGUCAAUUUUCAUUUCCUCUUAAAUUACUUGGGCAUUAGGCAUAACAACUGGUUGUGAUACGAGUAUCAUGUCACAUCAGAAGGCAGGGUAUACCUGCACCUUGGAAUGCUUACCUUUUUUGAUAUACUCACAUGAACAUAAAGUUCAAGGA